CGCCAGUUCAACCUCCAGGCGUGAUCACCUGAAUGAUCACAGUUAUUUCGAAGCUGAGAUGACGAAUCUCAUCACAAAGACGAACGUUAAAAUCACAAGUAAGGAAGUUCUUGUCCGACAGAGAGACAAUCCAGAUGAUACUGAGAAACAAGUUCAAGAAGAAAACAAAGCGAAUGAAGCAGUUCGAAGUCAUCCAUCCAAGACAAUGGAGGGAGGCAGUGAAGAGGACCUAGUUUCAGACAGCAGCUCUCAGGAAAAUAUCAGGCGCACUAAAAGGCACGUGGACGAGGGUCAAGUAGGGACUGACUUCCAAGAAUCUGAAGCGUAUUCCGGAGGGUCUGACUUGACAGGAUUGUUCCUUCCUGCCAAUUGUAUCCCCGGAUCAAAACUUGUAAAGCAUGUCCAGCAGACUGUCGCCAGUAGCAUAUUCAACGUAGAAAAUACCAUGACUGUAGACGCCACACCCGACGGAGAACACAUCAUUAGCAUCCUCCAGAAGACAUCGCUCCCAGCCUGCCCGGAAUUCGAGUGGGUCCUCAAGCAAAUCUUUAAUUUCUCGUCAAGUUUCACCGGAUGGGAAUACGUCGUGAGCCAAUGGUCGUGGGGCAGCAUGGUGGUCGAAGCGCAGUGGGGUGUCAGCUACUUCCAGUACUAUCACAAGAUAUUCGCUUUUAAUACAGAUCAGAACAGUCCUCUGCCCAGCAUCCACUUCCUUUUGGAUUUCCGUGAUUAUAAGGAGUUCCAGGUAAAGGCAAAAUGUCCAACACUAGGGAAAUCAUUGGUCUUCACCCUUCGCACUGACGCAAACCAUCACACUUUCAUGGUGAGGCGCGUGAAUGAAUUUAUGCCCCUUGAUUCGUCGACUCUCAUAAAGGUCGACAUGGAGGUGAUUCGCAAUGACUUGGCAGUGACGUGGCAUUUCGAUGAGGAAAAGACGUUCUCAAUCUGGAGCAAAGUCACUGAAGCUGUGCUAGAGGCUAUAUCAAGUACAAGCUUCUGUGGUCAGAAUGCAAAGAAGGAAAUGGUCAAAACCUUCAUCUCGGAUAUGUUUGGUGACACGCCACUUCAGCUGAUGCCGGAAGUAUCGGCCCUCCUAGCCUUAGUGAGAGAAGUGGAGGAGCUUCAGGAUCUCAAGGCGGUCUUCUUGGAAAUGAAUCAAGAUGUUUUUGCCUUUUCAUCUCUGUGGUCAAACCUGCUGGCCUCUGGGUACAAAAUGGGCAUUUUAGAAGCUCACCCACAAGGUAUGGGAGUGACGGUGAAGACACAAGGUAUUAUCUGGGUGUUCUCUGCUGCUAUGGAAGCCUGGAAUGUGGUCUCUGGAUGCAGAGAUAAUUGUGACACUACCCAACAACUAUCUCGCUUGGUUGAAGACUUUGUAGCCUCAAUCCGCCAUUCUUAAAUUGCAACCUAACUCUCAUAUUUUAUCUAGAUUUAAGGAUAACAGUUAUUUUAGUAAGGCUUAGUCUUCAUAAUGUUUGUUGCAAACUCUGGAAAAAAUAAAAUGACUUGUUGAAUUGA